UUUUGGUGUAGCAGAUUCGACCACGGAAGGAAGGGAAGGCAACACAGACUCUGUUUAUCUGAUAUUUCUCUGUUUAGAAGGUGGUGAAGGUGCCGGAGCGUGGAAACAAAGCAGCCGUCACCGGAUUAGCCGCCGCGGCAGCUACUCCCCACGCAAGGCUAGGAUGGAAGCGGAUGACGAAAUAAGCGAUCCACCAGCACCAGCCAGCCCGGCAGUUAGCAGUGAACGGCUGCACCAGCAUGCAUCAUCGUCAACACUGUCACGGCUAGGGUCGAUCCUCGGGGAUGACAUCUCUCAGGCAGACGACGAAAUCACACUUGCACCACCGCCGGCGUUUGAGGUCGCUCCACCACCAGAACCAGACGAACGUUACUGCUGGGUGUGCUUCGCGACCGAGGAAGACGACCGGUCGGCACCGUGGGUAAAACCGUGCAACUGCCGCGGUGCGACCAAGUGGGUACACCAGUCAUGCCUGUUGCGCUGGAUCGACGAAAAGCAGAGGGGCAAUCCGUUCAAGAAAAUUAACUGCCCCCAAUGCCGGACCGAGUACAUCGUGAUCCUGCCAUCGAUGGGUAGCAUCGCAAUGCUGCUGGAGCGACUGGACCGGUUGGCGAAGCGGAUGAGCCCGGGGUUGGCGGCCGGUGUCAUCGUAUGUUCCGUCUACUGGUCCGCCCUGACGUUCGGUGCCAUCACGGUGCUGCAAACGAUCGGUUACGAACGGGGUAUGGCGGUGCUGUGCAAAGCGGAACCCUACGCACUGAUGCUCUGCCUGCCCACCAUACCGGCCGCCCUCAUCAUUGGCCGAAUGAUACGCUGGGAACUGAUUUUGCUGCGAUUCUUCCAGAAGCGCCAGGUUCGCCUCCGCCAGUUCAUAUCGCUAGUGCUUCCGGUUAGUAACGAACCGAACCCUGCUUAUCCGAACCCAGCACCGUUGCCGGUUGGCCCGCUACACACAUCGGAUCCGCUAUCGGUUACGCGGCUGUUCUGUGGUGCCCUCAUCCUGCCGACCGUUUCGUCCAUCAUAGGCCGAGUGUUUUUCUCGUCGGUCGAGAACAAUCUUCGGCGAACCAUCAUUGGUGGGCUCGUGUUCGUCACGGUGAAGGGCGUGCUAAAGAUGUAUUACCAGCAGCGCAAGUAUACCCGGGCCAACCGGCGCCUCAUUCUCGAUUACACGGCCGAUAACGUUCGACGUUACAAGUUCCCCCGCGGCGGCGACUGACCGGACGGUGCAGAGGCCCAACCGCAACAGCGUCCGUUCCGGGGGCCCGCAGCCCGAGAUAGCUGAGUGGUGUAAUGCGUAAUGCACACUAAUAAUGUAAGGCGUACAUAUUAUUCCCCCCCCCCCCCCCCUUUCUCUCCACGGAUUCUUCUCAAUCCCGCGCCCCGGUUCCUUUUCGGUCGUUGUAAGGUAUGCGAUAACGAAGCAAUUGUUGAAUUUAUCCGACACCAUUGGAAUUUCUUGUAUAAAAUAAUGAUGAGCAUACAAUAAUAAACGGUCUUAGAUUUAUAACUUUC